CCCGGAAAUAACGGGGAACGGAGAUUGUACACAAUUUAACUACGAAUUGUCUUCGUAUAGUAAAACACAACGGUUGUUUUGUGGUCUCUGCUGAGAAUGCCUCACCUUCAACAUACAAAAAGCAAGACUUAAACAUUUCUACUAAGAACUGAUUGUAAAAUGGCUACUGCAUUCAAAGAUGACAGGGAAAAGGCGGAGCAUCAAAGAAAGAUGAACAAAUAUCAUGGUGUUAAAAACUUUUCCGAAAAGACAAUAAGAAAAAUUGAAAAUAUGAAACAGGAUGAAACUUUAACUGAUUAUACUAUUGUUGUCGAAGGUGAAGAAUUCAAGGUUCAUAAAUUGAUGUUAGUAUGCUACAGUGAUUAUUUCCAAGCCAUGUUGACAAGAGUUGGCAUGAAAGAAAGUCAAGAGGAUUCUGUGAUUCUACAGGAUGAGACAAUCACCAAAGCUGGCUUUGACGUUUUCCUUGAUUUAGCAUAUAGUGGGAGGGUGUUGAUAAAAGGAGCGAUAUUACGUGAUACUGUGGCCUGCAUGUCACAUCUUCAAGUUCAGGAGGGACUUACGAUUUGUGAAGAUUUUAUUAAAAAUAAUCUCUCAACGUGGAAUUUUCUCGAAUUCCUCAAUAUAGCAGAAGACUAUGUCCUUGAAAAAUCGAUAGCAUUUUGCUAUGAGUUUAUCCUUCCACACUUUGUUUGGUAUUUCGAGAAUAUUCCAGAUCAUGCCACUCAACUGACUGUAAAACAGUUUGAGAAUAUUAUCCCCAAGGAUGGAGUAAUUAAUGAAUCAGAGAAGAAGGUAUUUGAUGUUGUGUGUCAGUGGUUGGAACACGAUGAGGAAAAUCGAUUGCAGUAUGUGCCCCUGUUGAUGCAACAUGUUCGUUUCUCUAUAAUGAACCCAAAUGAUUUGGAUUUGGUCAAGAAAGUUGAAUAUGUGAAGAAUGACCCAGAUUGUAAAGCAUUUCUGAAAGAGGCUUUAGAUUACCAGUCAGCCCCUCUUCCUCGCCAGCUUGCCAUGCAAAAUUCACGUACUGAGGUACGCAGUAACCCUUCCUUAUUCAUGCUCACAGAGAAACAGGAUGGGGCACCAUACAACAAGGCAUAUAGCCUCAAGUUCAGAUUCACGAGCGGACAUCUAAUGGGGACUAAAUAUCGUGAACUUGCUUACUGUCUGAAGGAGACUGUCCUACCAUCGAUUGCUGUUUGCAGAGGCUUCAUUUUCGUUUGUGGUGGUUUCCAAAAAGCAAACAAAGCGGCGGUGUCUGAUUGCUGCUUCUAUGACCCACGCUUUAACCGCUGGUGUGAACUUCCAAAAAUGCAAGACGCAAGAGCCGAUUUUGCAUUGGUUCCAUACAAAGAUGAGAUGUUGAUAGCUGUUGGUGGUACCAGGUUGAAAAUUCACGUGCUUGGAUUGGGUGACCUGAUUACACAAAGUGUGGAGAUCUUUAUGCUUGAUACACAACAGUGGAGUAUGAUCACUGCCCUUCCCGACCGUAUCCCUGUCAAGAAUGGUAUUCCAAUGAAUGAGAAAAACAUGAUAUAUGUAAUCUCUACAAAAUACAACGAAAACGGCCACUUUAACCUGCUUUUGGGAUUAAAAAUCAACGAUGAUGGCUCAUUCCAGUGGGAGACCCUCGAAGAAUGGACUACUAGAUAUGGCCAUAGACGACCAAUGUUAGGGAAAUGUGCAGACAAGGUAUACCUGGUUGAUAAAACGGGAUCAAAUUCGUUAUACUAUGAGGAGGCGUUCGUACAACCAAAACAAUAUGACCGUAAAAACUGGAACAUUGGCUUUGACACCCAUGUCACAUGUAUUGGCGAUUUCAAAGCCAUUUGUAUGGAGAAUGAUAGAUUAUAUGCAAUAGUGGAAGAUAAGAGAGGAGAUGCAUAUCUCACAAAGGAGGAAAUUCAAAACUCAACUCUAAAAUUUGAGGAGUUCUUUCAGUUCUGUGACUUCCCUCCAGGUAUUGAACGUGAAAAUGAUAAAAUGCAAAUGGUUUUGGCUAAAAUCCCAUGUUGUUUCCUGCCCCAGGGGUAAAUGUAAAAAAUAUACAUUCUGUGCUUAGCAUCAGAUAAAUCGAAUAAAUAUUGCUAUCCCACCCUAAGUGCUUUAUAUUAUUGUAUAAUAGCAUUGUAGAACUGCAAUAUAAAACCAACACUCAUCGUAUACAACUCUUGAGAACGAUAUACAACUCCUGGAUAGCGUAUACAAGUACAACUCUUCGACUUGAUAUACAACUGCUGAAUUUAGAUUAACCUUUUAUUGAUUAAAGAUUAGGGUGGGAUACUAACAUCAUAUAAUGGUUGAUUCUGUAAAUCGUUAUACUCUCGUGAGUAUAUGAUAUUUUCACUUGUUCCCUUCAGUCACUCGUGAAUAUAUCAUAUACUCACUUGAGUAUAAACACGAUAUACAGAAUCAACCAUUAUAU